GAGGACGUUCAUUAAAAAUUUUUCAACAUUAUUUAAAAUGGCAACAACCAUGGUCAGAAAAACAAAUCGAACAAAUAUUUAAAUUAUCAAAUAAAUGA